AUGCUGCGCUCCGACUCCAUGAAACAAGGGCCGCCCACGGAAACCGGGCCGCGCUGGAAAAGCCAGGCCUCGCGGCACGGCUGGAAAACUGUGCAUGACGUCACUUUCUUCGCCGACCGUAGGUGUAGUGACAUAACGAUGAGUCAACGUUCCAAAUUUCGUAUUUUACCCACAAAAAUUUCAGAGCCAGUCACUGGUAACCUCAACUUUUGCGGAUGGUUGCUUACCAUGUUGUCGUAUGUUAUAAUCGCCUUCACUUUUCCGAUCAGUGCCUUCUUUUGUAUCAAAAUUGUUCAGGAAUAUGAGAGAGCGGUGAUUUUUCGACUAGGAAGACUACUGCCCGGAGGGGCGAGAGGGCCAGGUAAGGCGACAAAAAAAACAUCUUUUGUAAUGAAAAUUUCUAUGCCCAAAAUCAAGAACCUUCCUUUCCAAAUACACCUUGGUGAUUUUCAGGGCUUUUCCUCGUCAAUCCAUGCAUCGACUCAUAUCGCAAAGUGGACCUUCGAACGCUCUCUUUCGAUGUGCCACCUCAAGAAGUAGGUCACCAUACCGUAUUUUACAAAAUUUUAAAGUUUUAAAAAUUGAAGCUUUUUUUACAGAAUUGCACCAAUAGAUAGGAAAGGUAUAAUAAAGAUCAGAGAACCUCAAAUUUGGUGUCAAAAUGAAGGAUAGACACAAAAAAUAUUGCGGAUUUUGAAGAGAGAGGCAUGCUCGGAUGGGCCUCUUCAAAAUAAGAAAUAUUUUUCAUCUCUCUACGACAUCUUUUGAUAGCAAAUUUAGGGUUACUUGAUCUUUUUUUACCUUUCCGAUAGGUGCAAAAUUUUAACAAAAAAGACCCCAAUUUUUAAAACUUCAAAUUUUGUAAACAAGGGGAGCACUAUACCAACCUAUUAUUUUUCACCUAACCAUCCCAAACCCCCUUUCAGAUCCUCUCCAAAGACUCGGUAACCGUCGCUGUAGAAGUUGUGGUAUACUUCCGCAUAUCAAAUGCGACAAUUUCGGUUACAAAUGUGGAGGAUUCCAGUCGCUCCACCAAAUUGUUGGCGCAAACCACAAUGCGAAAUAUUUUGGGUACAAAAACGCUGGCGCAAAUGCUUUCGGACCGGGAGAUCAUCUCGCUGCAGAUUCAGGAGACCCUAGACGAAGCCACAUAUCCCUGGGGAGUGAAGGUGGAACGAGUGGAAAUAAAGGAUGUCCGGCUGCCGGUUCAGCUGCAACGCGCAAUGGCUGCGGAAGCUGAGGCAACUCGAGAGGCUAGAGCUAAGGUAGGACGCUGGAAACUAUUAUUGACCAUGUCCUAGGAUAGUUUAUUAUCUAUCUUGAGGUAUUUUACAUGUAUUACAGCGAUAAUACCCACAUAAAACAAAAUGACCUCCUUUUUUUGGAGCAAGUUUCGAUCCUUGCUAUGUUACAAUAGCUCAGGAUCCCUAAUACAACCCCUAUUUGCAGGUAAUCGCCGCGGAAGGAGAGCAACUCGCCUCGAAAGCGCUAAGCGAAGCCGCAUCAGUCAUUUCCCAGUCCCCAUCAGCUAUUCAUUUAGCUUUAUUACAAACGUUGAAUUCCAUAUCCGCCGAAAAGAAUCAAACCAUCGUUUUGCCCAUCCCAAUGGAACUGAUCCGAGCCGUUCAGCGAUGGCAAACGUAGGUUGUCUCCCGAAGUUUUUUGGUAAAUUACGCAUCAUUCGUUGUUCAAGUAUUAAAACCGUUUUUUCAGCCGGAAACCCUCUCAUAAACUGGCAUAA